AUCAAAACUACCACACCACUAAGUAAAACCUAUGCAGAAGAAAGAUAGGGACCUUUUUAUCUCUCUUGGCUUCAGCGACUCUUUGCAUGCCGGCACUUCUCAGUUAGAAGUGUUUAAGGUUUUAUAUACGCUCUCAAUGGCACCACCGAGUAGUCACCGGCACUCAUCACACAGUCUCCAGUUAAACCCGCACGAUGAAGAGAUUGAUAUAUACUUGAAGCUCAUUAAAACAGUAGCUGUGAAGGUAAAAAAAUCAGAGACAAUUAAAAAUCUAAAGACAAUGUUUUGGGAGAAGGAAGGUGUUCCAGAAAUCUCUCAGGAGCUCUUUUUUGCUGGUGAUCAGCUCAAGGAUGACAAGACACUACUGGAUUGUGGCAUUCCAAGGAACUCUACUCUCCAUCUUUUUAUUCAAGAUUCAUUUGUGAUGAAAAUCUAUGUCAAAAUACCAUCAAACCAGAAAACCAUUGUGGUUGAAGCGAAGAAACAAUAUACAGUUCAGAACAUUAAGUCCAUGAUACAGGCUCUGGAGGGGAUACAGCCAGAUCAGUACAGUCUGUUCCAUGCUGGAAAACUCCUUGAAGAUAACCGGACUCUUGCCUCGCUCAACUUACAGAAUGUGUCAACUCUUAAUUUGAUUUUUAAUCCAAAAGAUGUUUUGUUAAUUUAUGUGAAAGCACCAAGUGAGGAGACAUUUGAACUUGAUGUUAAGUUGUUGCACAAAGUUUGUGAUGUGAAAGCAAUACUUGGGAACUUGCUGAGUUCCCCUGUUGAAGAUUGGGAUCUAAGUUAUGCUCAAAAUCGACUUGAGGACUGGAACACUUUGGCCCAUUAUGGAAUUGAGGAAAAAUCAAUCCUAGGGUUGUUGCCUGCUAAAAUUCAGAUAUUUGUCAAGCCACAUUCUGGGAGCAGUAUAGUUCUUGAAGUGCAGAGGUCGGAUAUUAUUGGUGAUGUAAAAAAAAAGAUUUUUGACAAGUUGGGUACACCAGUUAAUGCUCAGAGGCUUGUGUUUGCUGGAAAAAGGCUCCUGGAUGAUCGGAAUUUGGCUAGUUACAACAUCCAAAAGAACUCCACUAUCCUAAUGGUGAAGCUAUAAUGCUGCUUUAGAGUAUUUUCUAUUGCAGCGCCGAAGGUUUGGCCUUCAAUUAGUAGUCAUAUAGACUAUAGUGAAGGGUAGUAUUCAUUACUCUUUGUGUUAUCCGGUGAAGCGUUUAUGUUUUGCAGGGUGAUCAUAAUGAUGUAGUAACUUAGAACCUAGAACUACUCAUUCCAAUUUGGUCUUUUUGGAUGAUGUAAAUAUUUUAGCUUAGAUGAUGGGCAAUGGCAUCAAUCAUAUCUCUAGUAGCUGUUCGCAUUGAUGCAUUUGUACCCAGGAAUGGCUAGUAAUAUUAUUUCAAGGUAAA